AUGCCAACACCAGACAAAAUACUUUUACGGAAAAUUAAGAAACGUGAGAAAAAGAAACUAAAACUAAUUGCUUCAAAAACUCAAAAUACAGAAAAUGAAUCUACCACGGAUGGUGAGAAAAAUGCAAUUAAUAUUGUAAGAAAAAGACCACAUGAAAACAUAGAGUCAGAUGAGACAAAUAUACACAAAAAAAAGCAAAAAAAGAAGAAAGAAAAUAAAGUAAAUACUAGUGAAAUAAAAGAAGAAUUAAUUUCGGAGAAAAAUGAUUUCAAUGAAGAUAAUAGCCAAAAUGGGAUGGUAAAAGAAAAAUCGAUUAAAGUUGAAGAAAAACAAGAUGAAAGCAGUCAGCUGCCGGGGUCAAGUUUAUGCCUAGGAAUUUUAUCCGAUCAGAAAUUCUCAUCUCUGGAAGGAAAAGUGUGUGAAGCAACCCUAAUGGGAGUCAAAGAUAUGGGUUUUACAACAAUGACCGAAAUUCAAGCUAAAGCAAUUCCACCACUCCUGGAAGGUAGAGAUCUUGUUGGUGCAGCAAGAACUGGUUCAGGAAAGACUCUUGCAUUCCUUAUUCCAGCAAUAGAACUCAUUUAUAAGUUGCAGUUUAAGCCCAGGAAUGGUACUGGUGUUAUCAUUCUAUCACCUACAAGAGAGCUCUCUAUGCAAACAUUUGGUGUACUUAUGGAAUUAAUGAAGUAUCAUCACCAUACAUACGGCUUAGUAAUGGGUGGUGCUAACAGAAGUACAGAAGCACAGAAACUCUCUAAAGGUAUCAAUAUACUUGUUGCUACUCCUGGCAGGCUGUUAGACCACCUACAAAACACACCAGAUUUUCUUUAUAAAAAUUUGCAGUGCUUGAUUAUUGAUGAAGCUGAUAGAAUAUUAGAAAUUGGUUUUGAAGAGGAAGUGAAACAAAUUAUUAGGCUAUUACCAAAACGACGCCAAACAAUGCUUUUUAGUGCUACUCAAACAAAGAAGACAGAAUCUUUGACUGCUUUGGCUGUUAAACAUGAACCUGUGUAUGUUGGUGUUGAUGAUCAUAGGGAACAAGCAACAGUGGAUUCUUUAGAACAGGGAUACAUCGUUGUGCCUUCUGAAAAACGCAUGAUGGUCCUGUUUACUUUCCUAAAAAAGAAUAGGAAAAAGAAGGUCAUGGUUUUCCUAUCAACAUGUAUGUCAGUUAAAUACCAUCAUGAGUUAUUUAAUUAUAUUGAUCUUCCAGUAAUGUCUAUCCAUGGUAAACAACAACAAACAAAACGCACCACAACAUUCUUCCAAUUCUGCAAUGCUGAGAGUGGCAUCUUACUAUGUACAGAUGUAGCUGCUAGGGGUCUUGAUAUACCAGCUGUUGAUUGGAUUGUUCAAUAUGACCCACCUGAUGACCCUAAGGAAUAUAUUCAUCGAGUUGGCCGAACGGCGAGAGGUCUCGGUACAAGCGGACACGCGCUGCUCUUCUUACGUCCUGAAGAACUUGGAUUCCUGAGAUAUUUGAAACAGGCUAAGGUUGCAUUGAACGAGUUUGAGUUUUCUUGGAAUAAAGUGGCUGACAUUCAAUUACAGUUGGAAAAGUUGAUUUCUCGAAAUUACUUCCUCAACCAAUCAGCUAAGGAAGCUUUUAAAAGCUAUGUGAGGGCAUAUGAUUCACACCACCUGAAGACCAUAUUCGACAUAGAUACCAUUGAUUUGCCCAAAGUCGGCAAAUCAUUUGGGUUUACAGUGCCACCCGCGAUAGAUCUAAAGGUGACUCCCAAGGGGCCUACACAAAAGAAGAGAGGCGGAGGUGGAUUUGGAUAUUUCAAGAAGUUGAAUGCAGAACAUAAAAAAGCGGAUAAAACUAAGAUAUACAGACAGAAGGGUAACAAUAAGCGUGCUGUUAGC